AUGGGCAAGAUUGAUUACUUCGUCGUUGAAUUUUAUGGAGAGAAAAGGACGUUUUACCCAGGGGAGGCAAUUAAUGGAACCCUUCGUCUCAAAGUGAAUAAGGAGUUAAAACUGCGAGGCCUACGGAUUGAGUUUCAUGGCAAUGCUCACGUACACUGGAGAGAAGAGUACGAUUUCAGGGGUACAACACGCUAUGAAGAGUAUAAUAACAGCCAAACUUACAUCGAUACCUUAGCAACAUUGUUCGGUAAAGGUCAGUUUGGGUUUUAUUCAUUUUGUUAUUGGACGUGUAGACUGUCUUGUUGCUUGUCGAGUAUUCAAGCCGGAAAUGUUAUGAAAACGGCUGCCGACGUUAAUCAUUUAUAAACCUCUUAAGGCUUUUACAUUUUGAGUUUGUUUUAGAAGCAACUAGGGGCACCCAACGAGAAUAUAGUUCAAAACCACUAAAACAUAGCAUUGUUAAACGUAUUUUGGUAUUUAAACUGUAGAUAUAGGCAUAUUUUUAUCCCCUAAAAAUUUUUCAUCUGUUCGGAUUUCCUAGCUGAAAGUCUAGUGAUCCGAAAAUUAUAGAGAUCAAAACUUACCUUUUCGAAAAUUUCUGCCAGAAAAAAGGCUCUCGAAAAUUCUAGGUGACCUUUUUAGGGUAAAAAUCCGUUAAAAAUAGGCAAUUAUACCAUAUUUUAUAUGUUCGAAAAUCCUUGGAGAAGCAGGCAAGCAAGAAAUUUUACAACAAAUGUUCCUAAAAUUCUAGAUCUCAAAUCGCCCUCCGAACAGAUAUUUUUCCGAAAAUUGUCUUUGGGUGCCCCUGAGCAACCUCGACUAACCUCGACUAGCUUUUCUUGUUUACAUUCUGGCUUAGCUUUCUUGAAAAGUUUUGGCAGGGCUUGGCGGGACGUCUCGAUUUAAGCCACAGGUUAAAUUUUAAAAUUUAUGCUCAAUUUAUUUUAAGCUUAACUACUUUGAUCGCGGUCAGGUUUGCAAAUUAAAGCUGUAAUUUUCGAAACCAAACGAAACGAAGCAAAAGCAAAAACCUAUUAUGAUUUCAUGGCACUAGUUUUUCUAAACAUGUAGCGCCUGUUUGUUUGAUUUUGUCGGCCGUAGGGAGAUUCAUUUAAAAGUUUACUAACGCGUCGUUGCAAAACAUUCUGCUUCACGAGGCUCCCCUCCACAAGAUCUCCUCAGUCACAUCACCAUGUCUCAAUGGUUUCUUUCGUACAGUCUUUAUUGUUGCUGUUUCAUUUCUGCGUAUUCCUUUCACAAUUAUCUGAGCUUGUAUGGAAGCUAGCAGAAGCUAGCCUUCAAUCGGCAUCAAAGUGCUUUCAAUCUUUUGGUCCUCCGGCCAACGGCAAUUAAGUAACGCCAAAAAAUCCAGAUUUUGUCCAAAUCGAAACUUAACAGGAACAAUAUAUCAUUGAUCUGUAAUCCUGAGAAGUUUUAGUGUCGUAUUGAUUCCAGCCAAGCGCGAUGUAAACGGAUUUUUCAAGGUUCUCUUACUCCCCUCGCAUCUUUUGAUUCCAAAAAAGCUGUCCAAAAAUCAAAGUUUGGUGCAUGCGCAGUAACGGGAUACUGUUCCUUGAACGAAAUGAACUCAAAGGGCGCUUUCCAUUCAACAAAAAUUCCGGUUUGAAAUUUCGGAAACUUCACGUGCUCAAUGAAACGGUACAUUCCGGUGGCACAGACCAAGCCAUCGCGCGUUUUGUCAUUGUGGCUUCGCAGCAUACUCAUAAUUACGCUCUAAAAGAGAAAAAGUAAAUUUAUAUCCUAAAGAACACUCGACUGUCGAAAAGGGGCGGUGGAAAACUAAGGGAGGAGGAAUCCUAUUUCGUGUAGAAAGCCUAUGAAUGCAAGUGAAGGUAAAAAAUUCUUGCGAAUUGAAGCAAUACGUUUCUCAGAAUAUUCGAACGAUUCGAAGCAAUUCCUGAACUGAACGGUAAAUAAAUUCGGUGUUUUAGCCAAUUUGUAUUCAGCCAGGCUUUGUUGAAUUCAUUUCAGCUUAAUUGAUAAAUUGCUUUAGUUAAAUAUCGUCGACAGGUUUCAGACAAAUAAUACGCUGAUUCUCACGGACUUUUACACAAUUGUAGCUUGAUUACACACACUUUUUUUCACCUACGUGUCGUGUUGCGUCACUUAUUUGAAACUGUUAAUGGCAAAUAUCAAAAAUCGAAAAAAUUGCAACUGAUUCCAACUAUUUGAGAUGUCAUGCUUUACUCACAGCACUUUACUUUCCAUUGGGAACUCCAUGGUCUUGCAAGCAGGAUACAAAAGGGCGGUACUGGGGACAACAAUUUUGGCAAAUGGAAAGGGACAUUUCGACCGAAAUGACUAGACCGGUCACAGUGGACCACCUUCAAAGCUGGUCCCGAAUAUUCCGGUCGGACCAAAGCAAAAUGGUCCGUUCCAUUUGAUGAACCAAGCGAAAUUUCCGGACUUUUGGGUUGAAUGGAAGGCGCCCAAAGUUUCGAACCUGAUACACACACAAACAGAGUUUUAGUUACAGUAUGUGGUCCUUGGUCGGCGUCUGAAAGUCAUUAACCUGAAUAUCUUAUCCGAAUCUUCACGUAACGAGUUGAAAUACUCCCCGAAGAUAGCUUUUAUGUUCCUCUCGAUAAUCCUGAAGUUUCAAGUUCCAGACCUUAAUAUUUUGCUUGGAAUUCGAAAAAAAGGCGACCGUUUUUGAUGGUCCUUGGUCCGCGAAUGUGGUCCUUGGUCCGCGUCUCAGGUAAGCAACACGAAAAAAAGGUAAAAAUGUUAUAGUUUCAACACGAAAAUGUGAUUUUCACAAUGUUUCAUGCAUUGUUUUCUGUUCUUGAUGCAAUUAAGCUAAAGUUUUUUUCGGAAGAUGUUGUGAGUAUAAAAUAAUCUGCUUUUCUUUCAAAGACUUCAGACAACAGUCUCCUCGAGUCUCCUACACGAGCGACGAAGAGCGGUGUUCAGCGCGGUCGAAAAUAAUUAGCAAAAACUCCGUAUGUAUUCGAGGUAUUAAAAAAAGAGAACUUGUGAGACGAUUUUCAAAACAUUCUCCGAAAACAAAGGCCGUCGCUUUUUAUUUUGGGAAGUGUUAUUCAACCAAGGUCAUAGGUCGCGGACCAAGGACCGCUAAGCGAAAUUUGGUUAUAUUUUUCAAGAGUCGAUAAAACAAAAAAUUCAGAGUCUACAGCAAUAUGCUUCCAACAGCAGAAAUAAGUUGAUCCGAAAACCUGUUCUGCAAGAAGGCACGUCUUCCCGUUGCGUUUUAUUUAUCCGCAGGCCAAGUAAACAUGACCAUGUAAUUUACGGUGCUGCAAAAAUCCAAACUUCAAGAAAGACAAAUUAACCUACCUGUCAACAAACUUUAAUUAAGCGUCUUCACCCGCAGCAAGAAGGCCGAAACUUCGUCGUAUGAAAGAAUGCUAAUCAUUAAAUCACUAUAUCUUUCAUUAUUCAACGUAUUUUUUUUCUCGACGAAAUAUUUUAUCAUUUUCGGAAAAGUCGCGGACCAAGGGCAUCGCAAACUUGCGCGGACCAAGGACCACAUACUGUAGGGAAAGUGCCACAAACAAUAAUUGGAAAUAAUUAAAAGUAUCCAAUAGAUACCAAGUACAUUGCUGGCACCUUAUUCAGGCUGGGCAAUUUUCCUAAUUACAGAUAAAGUAAGCAUUUUUGGCACAGUUCUUUUUCUUCAUAGCAAGAAAUGUAUCACUUUUGAAGUAAUUGAUAAACUGUAUCACUUAAUUCCAAGAAGAAUUCCUCUUCCUCGUUGUCCACCAUGUCCAGGCAUACCUCGGUCAUUUACCUCCCUUUGGGACUAGGUGCAAUGUAUUUGAUGCAAAAUGGAGCCCACAAAGGACCACAUAGGGGCUGUUCGUUUAUUAUUUGUAAGGGAGGGCUGGCCAUUUUGCUGGGGGUUCAUUUUCAAAAUCUUGAUUUAUUUUGGAGAGGUUCAUUUUCGGUUGGGAGUGUUACGUACCUGGCAGGUCAUUUUAAUGAAUUCAUGAAAGAAGUACAAAGCAGUAACAAGUAUGAGUUGAAAUUUUCACGUAACAACAACAACACCAAAUGCUUUAUUUGCAUGACCAUAAAGGAAUUACAGUAUUGCAAAAGCUAUUAGACUAAAUUUAAGUACUAAUUCAACUAAUUAGUACGUGCAAAACAUUACAAAACGUUACAGUUCUCAUUCAUUCAUUCAUUGAUAUUAAUUUGGUUCUUAAUUCAAAGCUUUGCGAGAUAAACGAAACUAAUUGACAGUUAAUUAAAUAAUCAGAAGAAUUCAUAAGAAGAGAUAUUAAAGUAUUGUGUGAAAGUGAUUUGAAGAAUAAGCCUUACAAUCUAGUAAGAAAUGAUCAAUUUCAUCUUCGAUUUUGUUACUUGUACAAAAGUGACAUAUCCUUUCAUUGCGAGGAAUGUUUUCGUAUCUACCUGUUGUACGAGAGAUUUACCAACCCUACCCCUCCCAGUUUUGUGACGUUGUUCAGCACUAUCAAGUUAGGGCUAGGGCUACCAAAUAAGGUAAUGAGCACGUGCGUGCUGAGUAAGCUAGAACUGGACGAGUCGAAAAAGUUUGGUGAGCGCGAGUUUUCCUUUGAGUUUUUUUUCAUCGAGUUUCGUGAGAGUUUGUGAGUCGGAUUGAAGCGGAAUAAACCAGGAAACCGUGUUAUUGUGAGUUCUAUGGGCUGUGUUAUUGUUCAGCUCAUUUUUGGUGCCGAGACCAGGACGCGCUGAAGAAAUACACAGCGCUAGCGAGACAGUUUGAGAAGCGAAGUGAUCCUUUCUCGGAGUCAAAACAAACAUGAGCGACAGCGACGAACCGAGCGACGAAGAACAACGUCUCAUAAAAGAGAUCGACAAGGAAAUUGAUAAGGUUAAGUACUUCAUGGAGGAGAUAGAUGAACUGAUCGAAAUUCAGGAUUAUUCGGAGAUGGAAAUAGUCAACAAACGAGCUGUGAAAAUCAUUGCAAAGCUAUCGGAUCUUAUUUCACAGACGGAAGAAUUAAAAAUUGAGCGAGGAUUGUCGCCUCGGACGGUGAGACAGUGGAGAAAAGACAUUAAAUCAAAGUAUGCAGCAUCUGUUAGCGAAAACGAGAGGCUUAAAAAGUGUUUAGAUGAUAGAGAGGAAGAAAUUACGCGAGGAAAAGAAGAUUUGAAGUGGGAGCAGCUGCAUAUACAUGAGAGAGGUUAAUGACUAUGAGAAACUGUACAGUUUGGAUUUACUGGGAGUCGAGGACCGGGGAGAGAAUGAUCAGCUGGAUGUUCUGCGUGACUUUAAAGAGAGUGUUGUCAGAAAGCAAGAUGGAAGGUAUGAGGUUGGUUUUUCUUGGAUACCGGGAGCUACAUUAACGAAUACAAAUGAAGCACUUAGCAGAAAGCGGCUUUAAAACGUGGAGAGAAAGCUUUCAAGAGAUAAGAAACUGAAAGGAGAGUAUGGUGGCAUAAUUGAAGAGCAACUCAGAGCAGGGGUAAUCGAGGAAGCACCUCAGAUUCCAUCUGGAGAACGUGUGUUCUACAUGCCUCACAAGCCAAUUGUAAAGCAGAGUGCCGUUACGACUAAGGUUCGCAUGGUGUUUGACGCAAGUGCUAAGCCCCAGCCUUUUACCUACAGCAUCUAUGAUUGCAUGUUCACUGGUCCUCCGUUGCAGCCGCUUCUUUGGGACAUAAUGAUUAGAGUGCGAAUGUCCACAAGUCUGCUCCUUGGAGACAUAGAAAAGGCGUUUCUCCAGAUAGGUGUUAAGGAGGAGGAUAGAGAUGCAGUCAGAUUCUUCUUCAACAUUAAAGGAACAGAGAAACAUUUAAGAUUUACACGUGUACCUUUCGGAGUUGAAGCAAGCCCUUUCCUACUGGGAGCCACUCUGCAGCAUCACUUUGAACAACAAGGGUCAGAAUUUGAAGAGACAGUGAGAGCACUUAAGGAGAACACUUAUGUUGACAAUCUCAUGCAAACGGGAGGAAAUGUAGAGAAACUCAUGCGGUUCAAAGAAGAGAGUACUGCCAUACUUGAGUCUGCCAGGUUUCCGGUGCACAAGUGGGAAUCUAAUGUCAAGUUUCUUGAAAGUGAAGGCAUGCCAAAUCCAAGCAAGAUCCUCGGACAUGUGUGGAAUAAGGAUGAUGACACACUGGAGCUGCUUGCAAAGCCUUUUCCACAAGAACAUCCAGUGACCAAGCGCACUAUACUCAGUUACCUAGGAACUGUCUAUGACCCACUCGGGAUAAUCUCGCCCACCAUGGCUGAGGGAAAGCAUAUUUAUCGAGAAGCCUGCGAUGAGAAGAAAGGCUGGAAUGCAGAAGUUUCCCCCAGAUUGAAGAACCAAUGGUUAAGGUGGACGAAGCAACUUAAAGAUGUAAGAGUGCCUAGAAGUAUUGCUUCAUUUGUUGGAGAGAUAGGAGCAGUCCAUUUACAUAUUUUCGCAGAUGCCAGCAUUCUAGCAUGCUGUUCAGCAGCUGUUGCGGUGGUAGAACAUGAGGCAGGCCUGACCAAAGGACUUCUGACCUCAAAGUCGCGGAUAUCAAAGAGAAGUACAUGAAUAGCAAGACUGGAGCUCGUGAGUGGCCACAUGGCAGUAAACAUGGCGAAGAACCUCAGCACUGCUCUCCAGCAAUGGCCCAUUCAAGCCAUCAACAUUUGGAUGGACAGUAUGGUAGCACUAUAUUGGAUAACCAAUCCUGGGAGAGGAUGGAAGGUGUUUGUAUCAAACAGAGUAAAGAAGAUAGCAGAAACCGCUGGUCCAAUGAACAUCACGUGGAAGUACUGCCCAUCAGAGUUGAAUCUAGCAGAUCUCGGAAGUAGAGGGGCAACCAUUGUGAAGAUGGAGAGAGGAAACUGGUUUGCCGGUCUGGAUUGGCUCUUGGACAAAAGGCGGUGGCCGGAGCAGCCAAGGCUGAAUAGCACCAAAGAAGCAGAUGAAGAGAGUAAGGUCACCCAAGAAGCAGUUCUCCGCACACAAGAGCGCAUGUUCGAUGAGUGGGAUGCCUUGUUAGAAAGAAGCACCUCCUGGCGUACAAUGAGAGUAACAGCAUGGGUGUUACGUUUUAUCAGAAACUGCCAAGCGAGAAGCAAGUCAAAGAAGAUGUCAGGGCCAUUAGUUACGGAAGAAAUCACAGCUGCAAGUGACUACUGGGUAAAGCGAGUUCAGAAAGCAGAGGAAACAUGUCUGAAGUCCCCAGGAUGGAAGUUGGUCAAAGAUAACAGUACAGGAGUUCUCAGGUGUGAAGGCAGAAUUAAAGGAUAUCGGCCGAUUUACCUUCCUGAUGGUCUACUUGCGGAGAAGCUUAUCCUUCACAUCCACAAUCAGGUCAUGCAUCUUGGUGUCGCGAACACGAUGGCGAGCAUGAGAGAGAACUGGUGGAUACCAAAGUUGAGAGCGAAAGUGAAGAAGGUCAUUAAGAACUGCAACAUCUGUAAAGUAUACUCCACCAAACCUUAUGGAGUGCCAUCAACUAGUGCUUUGCCAGAAUAUAGAACUGAGGGGAGCAGACCGUUUGAAGUAACCGGAGUGGACUUUGCCGGACCCUUCCUGUACAAGGUCGGUAAGAAAGAAGAAGGAAAGUGCUAUGUCAUUAUUUUCACUUGUGCCAGCUCCAGAGCGGUCCAUUUGGAAGUUGCAAGAACCCAAACGGCGGAUGAAUUCAAGAGUAAGCUGAAUGCCUUUAUCUCGCGACGAACAAGACCUUGCAUCAUCAUCUCGGAUAAUGCCAAAGUGUUUAAGGCUACAGCAGAUUGGAUCAAGACAGUGAGGAGAAGUGAGAAGUUCCAGAAUUACUUAGCACGUGAGAACAUCAGCUGGCAGUUUAAUCUUGCAAAGUCACCCUGGUGGGGAGGAAUCUAUAGAGAUUGAUUAAGGAGAUAAAGAAGACCUUGCAUAAGACCUUGGGGAGGUCACAUCUUUCCUUUGAAGCAUUUGAAUCAGUCAUCAUGGACAUCGAAAGAAAUUUGAACAAUCGCCCCUUGACAUACGUUGAAGCAGAGAGAGAGGAAGAGGCGGUACUUACACCAAACAUGAUCCUGUGGGCACGAGACGUGUAAGCGGUAGAAGACACUGAAGGCUCAGAUGCAGAGAAGCUAACAAGGAUGGCCAAACGAUUGGAAAAUACUAAGGCCAAUGCAUGGAAACGCUGGAAAAGGGAGUAUGUCCACAGCCUAAUGGAAAGUCACAGGCUUAACAAGGAAACGGUAACUAUACCUCAAGUGGGAGAAAUUGUACUCAUCAUUGGAGACGAAAAGAACCGCGGAGAAUGGAGAAAGGGUAAAGUAGUGCGUCUUAUCAAAGGCAAAGAUGACGUUGUUAGAGGGGUGACAUUGUUACACAAAAGGCACACUAUUGACCGACCGCUUCAGUUAGUUUGUCCCUUGGAAAUCAGAGUGGUGGAGAAUGUUGACCCAACAUAAAGGGGGAGGAGAGAUCGAGCUGAUGUAGGAGAACAGAGACCAACACGAGCUGCAGCUCAGAGGGUUGCUCAGAGAAUCGCACAACAAUUGCAAGAAGAAGAGAAUUGAUAAACUGAACUGUGUUAGAGUAUAAACCGGACUGUCAUAUAGCAAAUCGGAUUAGUUUCAAGUUACGUUUGAUUGUAAUAAUUGCGUGCUACAAUUUUUAGGGGAGUUGUGUACGAGAGAUUUACCAACCCUACCCCUCCCAGUUUUGUGACGUUGAUCAGCACUACCAAAUUAGGGCUAGGGCUACCAAAUAAGGUAAUGAGCACGUGCGUGCUGAGUAAGCUAGAACUGGACGGGUCGAAAAAGUUUGGUGAGCGCGAGUUUUCCUUUGAGUUUUUUUUCAUCGAGUUUCGUGAGAGUUUGUGAGUCGGAUUGAAGCGGAAUAAACUAGGAAACCGUGUUAUUGUGAGUUCUAUGGGCUGUGUUAUUGUUCAGCUCACUGUUUCAAUUCUAAGUUGAUGACCACUUAUUCUAAAUCUAACUAAUGCUUUUCUCGAAGGGUUUUUUCUUGUUAAAACUAGGUACGGCGAGGGGCUAUAUGGUCGUCUUUGAUUGUACAAUAAAAACUGAGUUUUUGUGAUUGUUGAAGGGUCUGAUUCCAGUAAGAGACGUAUUUAUUUUUCAUUAUGCCGAUAUACCUAUUAACUAUUGAGUCACUCAAUGAAUUACAGGAAAAGUCAUAGUUUAGAUCAUAGUAGUCAACCAUUUUCACGCGAUUAGAGUAACAGCCAUAAAUAGUGAACACCCACCUUAUAAACACAACUCAGUCGACUUAGUAUAUUGUAUUUAGUACAAUUCAAUGUAGCUAGAAUAUUGAUAAUUUAGUAGUUUCGACUGCAAUCAGGUGGGUGAGGAGGGUCUAACUUACACAAUACAUAAGAUUUAUGGGGGCCAUUUCUAAAAAGCUAGGAUGAACUUGGGGAUGGAUUGAAAAUCCUCUAAGCUUUUUCCUACCUACCUACCCAAGUGUACCUAUCUAUCUACUUUGAUUGGCAGCUCCAGGUCAGAGUGGCAAUAACCCAGUUCUCCAGCCUGGUGAUUACUCCUAUCCAUUUCAGUUUCUANUAUUUAUUUUUCAUUAUGCCGAUAUACCUAUUAACUAUUGAGUCACUCAAUGAAUUACAGGAAAAGUCAUAGUUUAGAUCAUAGUAGUCAACCAUUUUCACGCGAUUAGAGUAACAGCCAUAAAUAGUGAACACCCACCUUAUAAACACAACUCAGUCGACUUAGUAUAUUGUAUUUAGUACAAUUCAAUGUAGCUAGAAUAUUGAUAAUUUAGUAGUUUCGACUGCAAUCAGGUGGGUGAGGAGGGUCUAACUUACACAAUACAUAAGAUUUAUGGGGGCCAUUUCUAAAAAGCUAGGAUGAACUUGGGGAUGGAUUGAAAAUCCUCUAAGCUUUUUCCUACCUACCUACCCAAGUGUACCUAUCUAUCUACUUUGAUUGGCAGCUCCAGGUCAGAGUGGCAAUAACCCAGUUCUCCAGCCUGGUGAUUACUCCUAUCCAUUUCAGUUUCUAAUCCCAAACAUUAAAAUGCCAACCUCAGUAGAAGGAAGGUAUGGCUAUGUUCGCUACUGGUUAAAAGGAAUUGUUGACCGCCGAUGGAGAAAUGAUAUCACUACCAAAGCAGCUUUCACUAUGUUGGAAUAUGUGGACAUUAAUACACCGCUGCUUUUAGUAAGUUUUAAUUAACAUCAUGAUCUUUUCCUGGCACAUCAAAUACAAUGUAUUGGGUCUGUGCUCACUCUUACGAAGCUUUUUUCCUCUAUCAGAAAAUACAGAGAGAGGAAAUCUGAAAACAUUAAUUACCAAGUUAUCGUAACUUUUUUAACAGGACCUAGGAAAACUGGCAGAGACAUAUUUUGGUAGACUUAAUUUUAAUAAAUGUGAUUUGGAAUAGAAAUUGGUUUUGAAAAAUACAAGUAUCUUUGAUCGUUGUAAUUGCAACACGUUUGAAUUCAGUAUACAUGAACAUGGUGGUGUAGCUGUAGUUGUAGCCUAUUCUGUAUAGGCAGAAACUCUUAUGAGUUUCUGGUAUAGUAUAAUGAAGGUAUAUUAAAAUAAUGAACAAAGUAUUUGCAUCAUGAGGUACUGCAAAAACGGGCAAAGUCCCUUUAAUAGUGCCCGCUAUACAGGGUUGGACAUUGGCGCUCGCCCGUUCAUCCAGGCAAGUUCCAAAAUGGUCUUGCAAGUACAAAUCAAGAAUCACAUGCCCAGUUUGGCGAGUACGGUGUUCAUACUGGCACACUAAAAUACGUUAAUUCAAAAUUAACGUCACUCUUCACUUUCCACAUGAAAAUAAUCUGCGUCUGUCCUUUGGCCAGAAGCUUACGAUUCUGAAAUGUCCAUCAACCCUGGUCUGUAUUUUUGAGAACAGGUUCAUGAACACACAAAAUGCUCUCUGCUUUGAUGAUUGCUACAUGAAGAAUAGACACUUGUACUAAGUACCAGUAAUAUCUCUGGUCAUUAAAUACACUGCAUUGUCCACAGAACCGCAAAAUGCGGGAAAAUAGAAAGAUUGGAGAGAGCACAUGUUUAUGUCAAAUGGGAAACAUGAAUUUGUACCACGUGACCAAGUUUCUCCCAAUACUUAUUGUUGUUUCCUGUUCAUUAUUUUUGCACAUAAAUAAGUAGUUUCACGCAAUUUUUUAUCCAUAAUGAUUGUUUUGAGCUGUUUUUAUCUGCUCAUUUUCUUUUUUGGGCAAUUCUCAAUGUGAAUCUGACUUUUGGUGUCUGCAGUAUAUGUGAAGAAAAUAAUAAGAUAAAAACUAUCUAGAACAAUUCUUAUGGAUAAAACUGGCGUGAAACUAUGUAUUUUUGAGUUAGAAGUAAUAAACAGUAAACGGCAAUUAAGAACUCAAGAAAACUGAGAUAAUGUCCAAGUUUGCACACAGUAGCAAAAAUUGCGAAAAAUUGGAGAAAUUGCAGUUUUUGCCAAAAUUACUAAAUUCAAGUGCAUGAAAAACUGCAAUUUUUGCUGCUGUGUGCAAACCUGCAUGGACAUAAGUGGGAAAACUUGGCUCACAGUACAGAUUCACGUUUCCUGUUUGGCAUAAAUAUGACUCUUAAUCGAUCUAAUGGCUCUAUCUUACCGCCGCCUUUAAUGUAUAAUUUUGACACUGCUUGAGUAUGGUGUUGUUUCUUUUUUGUUUAUUAAGGUCCGUUUCAGGGCAUGGUGAGUGAACUUCCAUGCAGUAAAGAGGGGGCUAUUUUUUAUGGUAGUCUGUGAGACUGGGCAAGAGAAAACUGGUCAGCUCGAGUGCUCCAAAAUUUUAGUUUCCAACCCUGUUAUAGUAGCAGUUUUUUAGUAUACUAAGCCUUAGGUAGGGGCUAAAGUGACUUGAGUCAAGUCUAUUACGACCAGUACUUAUUUCAACUCUUAUUUCCUCACCAACCUUGUCAGAUCCAGGAGGAUCGCAAUGUGGGAUGCCUGUGCUGUGUAUCUGGUCCAAUCAGUACUAUUGUCUAUACUGACAGAGGAGGUUACUAUCCAGGAGAAUCUAUUGGUGUCUCUGCAGUCAUUAAUAAUAAUUCAAAAAAUGAGAUUAUUGGGCUGGAGAUACAACUUAUUCAACUCACUGUCUUCAUUGGUUCUGGUGGUGCGUAUAAGAACCAACAUCACGGUAAGAACAAGUCUAGAACAAAUAAAAGUAAUUAAAUUAAAUUAAUUAAUAGUCAAUUUAAUUUGAUUUAGUACUUGUUUCAGAACUGUUUUGAAUUGCAGUCACUGCGGGAACUAGCUACACAAUAUUGUAGUUAUGAAGUUGUGAAAUAUAUUAACCUUUUCACCAGGGCCGAGUUGUUCAAAGCGGGGUUAAGAUAACCCAGGGUUUGUACGACAUUUGAAUUCAGAUUUGAAAGCUUUUGAACACAAGAAAGAGAAACCCUGGUUGAAUUUAACCCCGGGUUAAGGGCUAAUCGGCCUUCGAACAACUGGGCCCAGAGUGAUUGACUGAGUUUUGUGAGGAGGUUAUAACAUUUGAGUCUGUUUUUGAUUUACUAUGGUGUGACCAUUAAAAUGAAAACUUUUGGCAGAUGACUUUCACAUGAUACUAGCAUAUUGAUCAAGUCCUUACUACACAAGAAAGCUUCACCUCUAGUUGGAGAAGAAAACAAUUCCUGAAAGGCUGCCUAUUCACAUUUAUUUGAUGGAGUUGAAAUCAUACUCCAAUUUGGCUGAACUGUCGAGCACCCGGACAGUUUGAAGCCACGUAGCCGCAUGGCCAUGCACUUAGCCGCAAGACAACUUUCAUGCUACUGUAACUAUUAUUUUGCAAACCACAACAGGAGUCCCAUAGCCACAUAGCCACUGUUUUAGGGGUAUGGGUCAGAAGUGGCUGCAGUUACUCCCAUGAUUUUUAUCUUCAUCAUCACCAUCAUCAAUUUCAUUCAUUUCUAGGAAAAAAAAAACACUGGGAAGAUAAGGUUGCAUCCAUGUUUCAAGAAGGAGUGAAGCCUGGGGAAGAGAUUCGCAUGCCAAUGGUACCACUUCCAGUCCCCUCUCUGCCUCCAACCAUGACGAGUUGCAGUUGCAUAAAGAUAUCAUAUUUUCUACGGGUAAUUUACCCAUUUUCUGUCCAUUUUGCUGAAUUUUUUUUUUUUGAUGACUGUCAUUUGCUGCCUAAUUUGCCAACAUUUUCCCUUAAGUCAAACCUACCGUAGUUGUUCUGCUCUGAAUGACAGGACUUGCAUCUGGUGUGAAUUCAUCUGGUGAUGGAAUAUUUUUAGUACAGCUAAGAAUUCCUGUUUUGCCCCAUGUAAGGGAAUCCUGAUUCCAGAAUGCGGGAGGAUUUUGCUUAUGGAACUAGGAAUACAGCUUAAGAAUCCGGAAUCCCGCUAACGAUUGCAAUCCAGAAUCCAAGUUCUACUGACAAAUACUGGAAUCCAGUACCUGGAAUCCGGAAUCCACCGCGUGGCAUCCAGAAUCGAAGACUGUCUUGGAUACCCUUGCUUGGGGCGACCUGUUACUCAAAAGUAAUUUUUGCUGCUAGGAGGGGAAUAAGAUAGGAUUAGGGCUCCCUCCUUCAUUCUUUUCGUUUUUUCCUUUGCCUUGAAACCUCGGCUAGCAAGGAACAAUAACGACUUUAAGUGCCGAGGUUUAUUUCAUUCAUUACCAAACGAAUCCUGAAAAUACUCAAAUAAGGUGAGUUGGAAUGCCAACAAAAAAUUAUUCUCCCCACUGUCUUUCACAGACCUGGGAAGUGUGCAGAGUUGAUAUAAAAUCGAGUUAAACGCCAACAGUUGUAGGUCAGUUCUAUUUCGUUGCUUAUUUUUUUUCUUGCCACCUUUCAACAGCUGAAAGUUAGAGUGAAGGGCGCCUCCAACUCAACAUUAAACAUUCCAAUCACAAUUGGCUCAGUUCCAUAUCGGCCGCCCCUUCAUCCAGCCCAAUACCCACCCCCAGGUGCUGCUUUGACUCCUAGUGCCCCACCACUGGCGGGAUUUGACGCAGCAUCAGCGUAUCCACCAGCCGCUACACAGUAUAGUGACCCUGCGCAGAAUUAUCCAAAUAUUGGUAAGAAACAUUUUGUAUCGUGACUACUGUAGUAUUCCGAAAUUAAUCCCACCCGCCCACCCACCCUCACAAAAAUUACGGCUACCCGUAGGGUUACACUAAACUUUGGUGUGGUUACACUAGACCAUUUCCCACAUCUGAUCUGAUCAUUUUGAUGUUUUCGGUUACACGCCAAUAAAUUGCCCAAGGGGAAGAAGAGCUUGGACCAGGUUUCACAGGGGUCAUGAUCAAUUUAUAAAAUGAAAGAAAAAAACUGGCUCCAGAACUCUUUGACCUAAGAUUUUGCUUAUGAAACAUUUCUUGUUUUUGAUUUCAGCUCUCGUAGAGUGUGUUAGCGGUGGAGCGUCAAUUGAAGACAAGGGCGAUAAAAAGACGCUGGGUGAUACCAGCUUUACACCAAUGUACCCGUUUGUUUAUAACUACCAAUUUCCCUCUGCACCGCCUCCUUCUUUUCCCUAAGAGGGAAGUACAACUAGCUUCGAAGUGGCAGACAUUAGCCAUGUGAUUUAUUAAGAAGUUAUAAAUUAUUUCUUUAG